AUGGGAAAAUCGCGUACCGCUCCGACGAAGCUCAUGUCGAUCCCGCGCCUAGAACUGCAGUCAGCUGUCCUGGGCACCCGUCUGUUCAAAUUAAUCCAAGAAUCCCACGAGUUCACGAUCGAGCGGGCGGUAUUCUGGAGCGACUCGCAAACCGUUUUGCAGUGGAUACAUUCAUCGCAGAGGAAAUACAAGGCGUUUGUUGGCCAUCGCAUAUCCGAAAUACUUACCUCCACUGCCCCGGAACAAUGGCGAUGGGUGCCAACUGGGGAAAAUGCUGCAGACGCUGCAACGCGCCCAUCAUGUCCACCGAAAUUCGACACCAAUAACCGUUGGGUAAAGGGUCCCGACUUCUUAAAGUACCACGAGCAGUAUUGGCCUUCCCUAACACUACAACCGGAAUGUGUCCUACCAGAAGAAAUUAAGACCGAAGCGAUACUACUGGUGCAGCCACGCAACUCGGUCAUAGACUUCUCAAGAUUUGGUUCGUUUCUGAAGCUGCGACGUACUACAGCUUGGGUGAUGCGUGCAGUGAACCUGUUCCGAAAGCAGCCAAGAAGCGAAGUUAAUUCAUCAACGAGCCUGAACGUGACAGAAAUCGAAGCUGCCGAAAACAUGAUUUGCAAAUUAGUCCAGCUGGAGUGCUACGCGAAUGAGAUAUCCGACUUGGCAGCGGCGCGCAAACUUAGUAAGCGAAGCUCUUUAUACAAGCUGUCACCGUAUGUUGAUGAAAUUGGUGUACUACGACUGACCGGCCGCAUCGAUGAGGCGGCAUACCUACCAUACCAAGCGCGACGACCGAUUUUGCUACCACCAGAACACGGAGUGUCAGCCUUAGUUGUCAAAGAAGUCCAUGAGAGGAACCACCAUCAGAAUCUCGCAGUAACUAUCUACGCCAUCAGACAAAGGUACUGGAUUCCCAAUUUGAAGGCGUUACUUAAGCGAGUACGCCAAAAGUGCCCCAUAUGCAUGGUUGACAGAGCAAAACCACAGCCACCGAUGAUGGGUCAACUACCGAUUGACCGUGUGACCCC